GGUGAUCGCUCGCAAGCAUUGUUUAUCGAAAAUAUUGAAAGACCGGGGGUCGUCUGUUGUGAGUAGUUGCAUGUAGUGUGGUUGGUGGUUCAGGGCUGUAUGUCCCUCGCAACCUUCGCUUGCUUUUUGCUACCCCGCGCCAACAACACACCUCAUCAGAUGCCUCGACAUAUCUGUCGCAAGCCGAUUCUGCUCUUUACCAUGGAAUGGAUCGACGAGGUUGCUUCGCAAUGGCCGUGCCUAUUCAAAAAUUGGGUCUUGUCUUGUCCCUGCAGCAGCUUCGCGGCUUGUCGCAAGCUAGUCCCGCUACUGAGCGGAGUUACAGCGUCAGCGUUGCAUCUUGCACUGCGCAGGACCAUGGUUGUUUGUUUCCAUCCGUUUCGACGAACCACAAGAAAACACGGCACUGUACCUGGCAGUCUGACGGCUACAGGGUUUUUCUCACUUGUUGGGUCAUGAGCUCUUGCAUACGGGCCUAUUGUCAGCCAUGUCCCUGCAACACUAAGCUCGCUCCACCUCCCCCCACUACGCCGAGCAGCCCUACUGACUUUGGAGAAAUUUUACAGGAAGCAGUCCAUGAACUCGGUCGCAUCCCGUCCGACUCUCGGCUUGCCAUUACAACUUUGCGCCCAAUGUGCGGUCCUCGCUGUUUCAUGUCGGACGAUCGUGCUCCACCAGGAACCCCGGGAGCCCAUCAUACGAGGAUACGAGGAUUGAUCUUAAUAAAAAGAUCCGCUCAUCGACGUCAUGCGCCCAAAGAGGCAACCCCAACUUCUCCUGUGUCUUGGGGUCCCUGGGCUCAAGCCGUGGCAGCCCUGAACACUUAUCGGUCCCAAGAAAUCCCAUAAGGAAUGCAUCAUGACGAAGUGCUGAAAUAUUGAAACCGCCAUAUUGGGGUAUUCGUUAUCGAUAGCGUCUAGUCGUGCAUGCGCUGCCAGCUUGUCAUGUCUGGGUUCAGCAUCAGUCAUCAAAUAGCGGGCGGUGUGAGACUCUUCCUGUUCGCAUCGCUGGCUAAAUUAACUGUGCUGCCUGCCUAUGAGCCAGCUCGCGUGUGUUGAGUUGGAGGGCAGUGAAUGCUGACCAUUCCACACGACAUAGAGCCCGAAAAUGACGGCGGAACCUGAACGAAAGCAAGGCUGGUCGGUCGACUAUUCAUCGUCGUCGUCGCUGUC